CCUUUGAGCGCACAACGUUGAAAAGCUUUCAUAUCCAAUCAGAUAAUCUUUUUUUUAAUAUAUAUUUUUUUGGUGGGGAAAGCUAAAUGCGUUAACUUGCGGGGAAAAAAACAGUUCAGAGAAUUCAUCCGACAAUGUUCUUCCCUCAUAACCUGUGGUUUGUUUCCAGGUCCUCCACUGUGGUUGUUUGUCCAUGUCACUCCUCACAUCAUCUUCUUCCUCCUCCGAAGAAAAAUCUUCCCAAAUUCUCUCGAGAAACCCAGAAAUUUUCAUUCUGAAGCUUUCUCGGGCUGAAAAAUCGCUCCCCCUCAUGGAUUCUGAUUCACAAAGUCGAAACCUUUUCCAAAUCUAGAAGUGUUUCCACAGAUUUUUUAUUCAUGGGUACCUAAAGAACUCCUUUUUCUUACAGCUGUGGCGUCAUUUUCAUUAUGAUCUUUCCUGUGAUUAUUCUUUUGCUUGUGCCUCAUGUUCCUUGGGGUAUCCUUUUCCUUUUUUCUUUUUUCUUUUUUGUUUCCAUUUUCACUUAAUUUAGUUUAAUUUUGUUGUGUCCUAACGCAGAAUCUUCCUUUGGUUAUCUUUUUUUCAGGUUGUGUUUGGGUUUGGGUUUGGCAUCUCUGUCUCUAAUUCCUUAGCGAAGCGUUUGCUCUUUGUUUGAGGUUAUUGUUUGUUCCUCGUGACACUUUACUUCUGUUUUUUUUUUGGUUCUUUCUUACUGGUGAGAAAGCUACUUGCUUCUCUUCCAUUUAUGGUUCUUGUCUCUAAAUGGCUGUCUGGUCUAUUUUUCUUCUUCUGGGCAUCCCAUUUCCUCGAUAAAGUUUGCUCCUGUUCUUGACAAAAUCUCUAGUUUAUGUUGUCUUCUGUGGAAAACACUAUCUGGAUUUAGUUGAACCUGCCAAUGAUUGUUUGUCUUGUUGGCUAACCAGUUUCAUGGAUGUGGAACUCGGCUCGAGGGCUCGGUCUAAUUGCUUGCUGAUCACUUUCUGAGUGAUUUUAGGUGUUUCAGGGACUGUUUUCAGCCAAAUUAUGGCUCAGGUUGCAGUUCUCUUGGCCCUCAUUGUUCUUGGUACUGGGUUAGUUUCAGAAGGAGCUUCCUCUAGGCGUCAUGAUGUUGUAAAUGUCGGAGCUAUCUGCAGUUUAAGCACCACUGAUGGCCGGAUUGCCAAUUUCGCCAUGAAAGCUGCCGAGAACGAUGUGAAUUCCGAUCCUAGCUUCCUCGGCGGCUCUAAACUGAAUAUAACUUUGCACAACGGGAAAACCAGCGGAUUCCUCAGCUUAAUGGGCGCUUUGCAGUUUAUGGAAACUGAUACUGUGGCUAUAAUCGGUCCCCAGACAUCGACAAUGGCUCAUGUUCUGUCACAUCUGUCGAAUGAGCUUCACGUUCCAUUGUUGUCGUUCAUGGCUCUCGAUCCUAGCCUCUCACCUCUUCAGUACCCUUUCUUUGUCCAGACUGCACCCAGUGAUCUUUUUCUGAUGCGUGCCAUUGCCGAGAUGGUGAGUUUCUAUGGCUGGUCGGAUGUGAUUGCAGUCCAUACCGAUGAUGAAGGAAGCAGAAACGGCAUAACAACGUUAGGAGACGAGCUUGAAGAGAGGCGGUCCAAGAUUUCUUACAAGGCGGUUCUUCCAAUCGAUUUAACGCAUUCGGGUUCCCGUAUCAGGGAUGAGUUAGGAAAGAUUCAGAGAAUGGAAUCUCGAAUUAUCGUUGUAAACACCUUCCCCAGGACAGGUGCAUUGAUCUUUGAGGAAGCUCAGAGACUCGGCAUGAUAGAGAAAGGUUAUGUCUGGAUAGCUACCACCUGGCUGUCUGCUCUGCUUGAUGCAUCGUGGCCGUUGCCUACCGAGACAGCCAAAUCUCUCAGAGGAGUUCUUACGCUUCGUCUUCACACUCCCGAUUCAAGAAAGAAACGGGAUUUCAUGGCACGGUGGAACAAGCUGAGUAAUGGAUCUGUUGGGUUUAAUGUUAAUGCCCUCUAUGCCUAUGAUACUGUCUGGAUCGUCGCUCAGGCUAUCAAGACUCUUCUUGAUUCCGGAGGAAAUAUUUCUUUUUCCAACGACACGAAUCUGAUGAAACUGGAGGGCGGGGCACUGAAUCUAGCUGCAUUGAGCAUCUUUGAUCAAGGAUCACAACUACUCAAGAAUGUCCUGAAAACAAAGAUGUCUGGUCUUACUGGUCAGAUACAGUUUAAUUCCGACAGAUCGAUGCUACAGCCGUCGUAUGACAUUAUCAACGUUCUUGAUGAUGGGUUUCGGGAGAUAGGAUACUGGUCCAACCAUUCCGGGCUUUCUGUCGUGCCUCCAGAGCCAUUUUACCACAGCCCUCCUAACCGUUCGAGCUCAAACCAGCAUCUGAACAAUGUAACUUGGCCCGGCGGAACUUCCGUGACGCCUCGUGGAUGGGUUUUCCCGAACAACGGGAGAAAAUUGAGAAUCGGUGUUCCUAACCGGGCGAGUUUCAAGGAUUUUGUACAGAGAAUCAACGGCAGCAGCAACAAAGUGCAAGGGUAUUGCAUAGAGAUAUUCGAAAGAGCGGUAAAACUGCUUCCUUACGCUGCUCCUCACGAGUUCAUCCUGUUUGGAGACGGUAUCAAGAACCCGAACUACAACGAACUCGUCAACAAGAUCACCACCGGGGUAUUUGAUGCAGUCGUAGGAGAUGUAGCCAUUGUCACGAAACGGACGAGGGUGGUGGAUUUUACUCAGCCGUAUAUAGAGUCGGGGCUUGUCGUGAUUGCGCCCGUCACGAAGCUGAACAGAAAUGCCUGGGCAUUCUUACGGCCGUUUACCCCGCAAAUGUGGGCUGUAACCGCGGCUUUUUUCAUUAUCGUCGGGGUAGUUAUAUGGAUUCUUGAACAUCGAAUCAAUGACGAGUUCCGGGGGCCGCCGAGGAGACAAAUCAUGACCAUCUUGUGGUUCAGCUUCUCGACCAUGUUUUUCUCCCACAGAGAAAACACAGUGAGUACGCUCGGGCGAAUGGUGCUACUCAUCUGGCUUUUCGUGGUUCUGAUCAUCACCUCGAGCUACACAGCGAGCCUGACGUCGAUUCUCACGGUCCAACAGCUGAUCUCGCCGAUAAAAGGAGUAGACACACUCAUCAGCAGCACGGGCCGGAUCGGCUUCCAGAUCGGUUCCUUUGCCGAAAACUACAUGGUUGAUGAGCUGAACAUCGCGAAAUCCAGACUCAUUCCCCUCAGCUCUCCCGAAGAAUUCGCAGCUGCUCUCGAGAACGGUACGGUUUCCGCUAUCGUCGACGAACGUCCCUACGUCGACCUCUUCCUCUCCGAUUACUGCAAUUUCGCUAUCAGAGGCCAAGAAUUCACCAGAAGCGGCUGGGGAUUUGCGUUCCCGAGAGACUCUCCGUUGGCAGUUGACUUGUCGACCGCGAUCCUAAGCCUGUCUGAAAGCGGACAGCUUCAGAAGAUCCACGACAAAUGGCUGUCGAAAUCUAACUGCAGUGACCCGCAAGACUCGCAACUAGCUAACUCAGAACAGCUUAACCUUCACAGCUUCUGGGGAUUGUUCCUCGUGUGCGGGAUCGUUUGUUCCAUCGCUCUCUUCAUCUACUUUGGCAAGAUUGUCCACGAUUUCUGCCAGCACGUGCCCGAGGAAUCCAUAGAUUCAGCAAGAACCUCGCCUUCUAAAACACUGCAGACAUUUCUAGCCUUUGUCGAUGAAAAGGAGGAAGAAGUCAAGAGAAGGGUGAAGCGGAAAAGGGAUGACACAUGUUCGAAUGAUCACGAUGUUUCCCGAAACAGAUCCGAAAGGAUAGGAGUCGUCCAGACACCAUUGCAGUGCUGAUACAGAAGAAGAAGGUCUUGAAAGAACAGAAGCGACCAUGUUCUGUCCUGAUGAAUGAUGAUGAGCCAUUGACAAAUGAGUAGUAAGCCAAAAAGCGAUUUUGUUUAUUGCAGAUACUGAUUAGAUUAUAGCAUAACCAAGUUAGAUGCAUAAAGUUACUGUAGAAUAACUUGUAAUUGUAAGACAGAGAACCUUCAUACACUAAAGAAGAAGAAGAAGAAGAAAAAAACAAAAUCUUGGGGGCAAAUCUUGCAUCCCAUUACCUAUUUUCAACCAAAACCCAAACCUUUGUACGCUAAAGUCUCCGUCCUGAGAUGCAGAGUGUCCGUACAAAUCCUGGUCGCCCCUGAGCCGGCGACUGAUUCCGGGGAUGAAAGCUGUGAAGAUGACAGCUUUUGACGGGGGAAGCAUUCCUUGAAGUUAGGAACUUGAAGUCUUAACUGGUUGAUGUUUGGUUUUUUCUGUUACAGUUCUGUCCGAUUGAACAGAUCUUUGCUUGUGAAAUAAAUUCAGAUUUCCGUU